AUGCCUGGAGAGCAGCCCCAAGGAGCACCGCCCCCGGCCAGGACUGGAGACCCGCAGCCCUGCCAGGUGGCCAGCGGCCUGGGCUGCCCCUGCCAGCCCCCCUGCGAGGGCCACACCCCGGCCAGCGGGCCCACCAAGGCCACGAGGGAGACUGGCCACGGGGCCCAGGCUGUAGAGCCCCCAGAAGCCCAGCCGAGGCCGGCCAGGGAGGGGGUGCCCAAGGCCCCACUCCUGAGGACCAAGGCCCUGGGCAGCGGCCCUGGGAAGGGGGGCGGCCUCCGGGCCCCCCCAGGGAGGAGCCGCUCACAGGGUCGCGUGCGGCCGGCAGGGGGCACAGCCAGCAGCACCCAGCAGCCAUAUGGCCUGAGCAUUGCCAGCUCGAGAGCCAAACCCGCCCUGGACAACGCCCCCGAGGGCCGACAGCUCGAGGCCGCCCAGCCCCCCGAGGCAGAGGACCCCCGGACUCCCCUCAGGCCCGGCCUCCCAAGGGCCGAGGCCCGGCCCCCUCCUGAAGAGCUCAGCUUCCAAAGGUGCUUCCCGGAGACCCCCUCCAGCUUUACCUCCACCAACUAUACCUCAGCAAACGCCACCCCCGGGCCCCCCGCCCUGCGGGCCCCCCCGAGCAGGGGCGCCAGCCCCCUCAGGCCAGCCUCCCAUCUGGAAUUCCAGGCCAGCGGGGCGGACUCCUGGCCUCCCGCUGCUGAGAACAGCUUCCCAGGUGCUAAUUUCGGGGUUCCCCCAGCGGAGCCAGAGCCCCUUCCCAAAGUCAGCAGACCGGGUGGCCCCACGGGGGUCCCCUUCCAGUUCUCCUUCCCCGCGCUGCACGGGCCCGGCACAAAACCCUUCCGCGCAGACACGGCUAGGCACGAGUACGCCAACGGGGCUCUGGUGUUCGCCUUCCACCAGCCCCCGGGAGCGUGGACGGAGGAGGCCGUGGGCACAGGCCCCGCCUACCCGCCUGCACCCCCACCCCUGCCCUGCUACCCAGGCCAGCCGGGCACCCUCGACCCCCCCAGCAACCUCAGCAGUGCCCUCUCUGCCCCGGGGGUGGCUCACCCGGCCCCGACCCCCUUCUCAGAUGGUUUGCACAAGAGCCUGACCAAAGCCCUUCCCGACAGGCCACCUUCAGCCCAGGACGGGCUGGGGAGCCCCAGGGGGGCCCUGAACUCCCUGCCCCAGAGACGCUUUCCGGGGCAGGCAUGUGGAGCCAGGGUGGACGCCAGCCCGGGGCCUCUGGACACCGAGCUGGCCACCCCGGGGCCCCCCCCGGCCAGACUGCCCCCACUGUGGGACCCUGCGGCAGCCCCUUAUCCCGCGCCUGCCCUGGGCCCCCUGGCCCCCCCCAGGAGCUCGUUCUUCAAAGGCCAGCCGGGCCCAGGCCAGCGACUCUGCCUCCCCCGGAGCCCCCCGCUGCCCUGGGCCCAGAUGCUCCCAACUGCCGGGCCGAGUCCCCACCAGAUGGAGGUGCCGAGCCGGCUGCCUUUCCCCACGGCGGUCCCCGAGUGGCAGGGGGGCAGCCAGGGAGCCCUGGGCACGGCCAGCCAGACGGCAGGGCCUGGGGAGAAGCUGGUGGCCAUGAGAAGCGGCCCAGGCCAGCUGGGCGGCUCCCCGGGGCUGUUCCCCUACAGCGGGCCGCAGGACCCGGGAGCACAGCCCCUGUUCUUCGGGGUGGCGCAGCCCCAGCUUUCACCCCGAGGGACCCCCAGCCUGCCCCCGCCCAGGGUGGUGGGAGCCUCCCCCAGCGAGUCCCCGCUGCCUUCGCCGGCCACCAACACCGCCGGCAGCACCUGCUCCUCCCUGUCGCCGCUGUCCAGCAGCCCGGCCAACCCCAGCUCGGAGGAGAGCCAGCUGCAGGGCCCCCUCGGGCCUCCGAGCUUCUUCCACCAGUCCCCGGAGCCCCCACACGCCCACCCCACCCACUUCCAGGCAGAGCCGGCCAAGGCCUUCGCUUUCCCUGCGGACGGGCUGGGGGCCGAGGGCGCCGUCCAGUGCCUGGAGGAGGCCCCGUUCCCCCACGAGCCGCCCCCGUACCCCACCCAGCACUUCUCCCUCAGCAGCGCCAGCCUGGACCAGCUGGACGUGCUGCUCACGUGCAGGCAGUGCGACCGCAACUACAGCAGCCUGGCCGCCUUCCUGGCGCACCGGCAGUUCUGCAGCCUGCUCCUGGCCAGGGCCAAGGACGGCCACCAGCAGCCCCAGGGCCCCCCGGGGCUCCCCUCGCCCAGCGCUGCCCCCAGAGCAGCUGCCGCCGACGCGCACGCAGGCGGGCUCAACCACGGCAAGGCCGUCCCCUUCCCGUUAGCCGGGGACGUCCAGGCGGACGGCAAAGACGACGCCUUGAGGAUGAGUGUCCUGCCCGGCCUGGCCACCGCCGCCUUCCCGCUCCCCGCCACGGACCUGGACAUGGAGGACGACGCCAAGCUGGACAGCCUCAUCACCGAGGCGCUCAACGGCAUGGAGUACCAGUCGGACAGCCCCGAGAUCGAUAGCAGCUUCAUCGACGUCUUCACCGACGAGGAACCCUCCGGCCCCAGGGGUCCUGGCACUGGGCAGCCCCCCAAGGCCAGGGUGGGGCCGGCUCCAGAGAGCAAAGCCCAGCCCCCGCUCGUAGCUGCCACGACGGAGCCGCAAGGCCCCCGCCCCGUGGAUGGGGGCUGCCCCACCCGGAGUGGGCCUAAAACCCGCUCCCUGGGUCUGGCGCCUGCUGAGGCCGACGGCAGCAGCCUGGGGAGGCAGCAGAGGAGAGGGAAGCAGUUGAAGUUGUUCCGGAAAGAGCUGGACGUGGCCAACACCACCAAGGGGCCCAGCGGAGGCGCCAGAGCCGCCUGCCUGCGGCCCAGGAGGAAGGGCAGCCGCGCGGAGCGGCCCCGGCCCCGUGCCCGGGACCUCCGGACUCAGGCCCCCAAGGGCCGUGCGGAUCCUGACACCCAGGGCCCGAGGGCCGCCCCCGUCCCCGAGGAGACCGGCAGCCCCAGGCACCUGCGACAGCCCCCCAGGAAGGACCCCAAGAGGAAGAAGGCGGGCGCUGGCACCUGGAGCAAGGAGCUGAUCCACAAGAUCGUGCAGCAGAAGAACAGGCUCCGGGAGUGCGAGGACGCCUCCGAGUCGGAGGACGAGCUUCCCCGGCAGCGGGGCUCUGGCUCCAGAGGCCGGCCCCCCCGCGGCCGACGCUGGCACCGAGGCGAGAAGAGAAAGGACGCGGACUUGGCCUGGGGGCCCAGAGCAGACCGGCAGCUGCAGGGACCCAGCCAGGCGCUGAGGCAGCGCACCGGGGAGCUUGGGGGGCUCCCCAGCCCGGAGCAGCCGUGCAGCCCUCACCCGGGCCCCCCACCCAGCCCGGAGGCUGCAGAGAGAGGCCCCACGUGUGCCAACCACCCCACAGCGGCCCCCCAGCACGCCCCGCAGGUCCCCACCGACACCGAGACCCCAGAGGAAAACCAGCCUUUGCUGGACGUCCCCCAAGAGGCCAAGAGGCCUGAAGUUGCUGAAAAGUCACCCCCUGACCCCGUGAAACCCAGAGAGGUCUCGAGUCCUCCUCCAGCCACCUACGUGAAAGGAAGCCCCAGCCCCCCAGCUCCAGAGCGGGCCCCGCCUGGCAGAGAGGAUGCCGGUAGCCCCAAGCACAGCGGGAGCUCGCCAGCACCGGGUCCAGGCAGUCUGCUGGGUGCCCCUGGGUGCAUGAGGCCCCCUGCGUCCCGUGACAGAGAGGACUCCGCUGCCCACCAGCCAGGAGGGUUUCUGGGGCCCGUUGCUAACGUCACAGAUACUGCCUACCCCGAACCAACGAUCCUGUUUUCAAAGAACUCUGAUCUUGCCGGCCCUGCACAUGCUAAAGGACACCCCACGGGGGUUCCAAUUGCCAAAAAAGGGCCCCAUCCCUACAGCGGCACCCCCAGUGAACUGUUCCUUGGACCCAAAGACCUGGCCGGCUGCUUCCCGGAAGUCCUGUACUCCAAGCCCCCGGCUGCAGACACGCCGCCAGCCCGCGGCCCCUGUCUUUGCAGGGACGGUGAGGAUGCCUGUUUCCUCGAGCCGAAGCCCCCCGAGCAUCGGCCUUACGCAGAUGAAACGGACCCAGCCAAAGCCAGGUCACCACUGACCUUGGAGUCCACGUCCCUCUUUCCGGGACUGGCCGUGGACGGGUUUGGCCCGCCCCUCUACGACAGCCUGUCUGCACACAGGGACACCCACGCGCCGCUGGCCCACGCUGGCCCUGCCCUGGCGAAGCCCCCGGUUGACCCACCCUACCCCUCGUUUUUGCUGCUUGAAGAAGUAGCCCCGAUGCUGCCCAGCCAUUUUCCUGACCUCUCAGCGGGGAGGGCAUUCGGGGAGAAGCGUCCCGGCGAGGGGGCACUGGUGCCCAGCCCUCCCCCCGCGCCUGGCAAGGGAAGUGAACGCAGCUCCGCUUUCGUGCGCAGCCUGUCGGAGGAAGAACUGGAGAUCCAGAGACUGGUCACCGAGUUGGAAAGUCAACUGCGGAGAAGCGGAGGCUCGCCCGGGGCCCCGGGAGAGCGUGGAGAGGCUGAGCGUGCAAGCGGGGCAGACCGGAGCGCCCGCACAGAGCCGUCCGCCCCCCACAGGAACGCGGCGGACCUCGCGGGCGCUGGAGCAUCGAGUCCACGCCAGGAAGCUGCAGAAACAGCCGUGGCCACCACGGAAGGGGCUCUCGGGAUCUCCCCAGAGCAGGGGCCCCGCCCAGCCACGCGCCACCCGGGAGAAGCAGCCGCCAGCUCUGGCACCCAGGAAGACCUGGCGUCUGGGGCUCCUCUCUGCCCCCCGCGGGCCAGCUGCAGUUUUCAGCUGGUGCAGAAAGCCACAGUCUCCGAGGCGGAAGGAGAGGGCAGGGUUCCCUCGGAUGUCUGCUUGCCGGACCCAGGCGGGCAGCUGGAGCCUCUGCUAGACGCUGAGAGGUUAGCAGAGUGCAGCCCAAACCGUGCUCUUUCGUUUCCUCAAAAUAAGGACAUCGCCGGAACACGGGAGAGGGCAGAUGCCCGGCUGCUGCGUCCCUGUGCUCAGGGAGGAGGGCUUUUCCCAGAGUCGCAGGAGGUAGCAGGGCCCUGCGGAGAGCACCCCGCGCUGGGGUCACUCGGCGGCCCUGCUGCCCACCCGGCGCCUGGCUUGGCGUUUCAGGAUGACAGAGCGCUACCUCUGGAUGCCACUGGGCCUCCUGGGGCCCGUCACAGCGAAGCCGCCCAGGGACCCUCUGUAGGCAGGACAGGCGGGGCCGGGGGGCUCCUCCACCCCAUGGCAGGGGGGCCUGGCUCCAAGGGUAUUGAGUUUGCACCAGCGGGGGCCUCCUCUCUGACGGCCCCCCCAGGCAGAGAGGCUCAAGCUGGCCCUGGCGAGAGGCCCCAAGACCCAACCUUGAGCCCCCAACUCCAGCUCCUGGGGGCUGAAGCAGCCGGGAGCAAAGAUAACACGCAGGGCUCACAGGGACCACCACCCGUGGACGCCCAGAGCCCUCAGCGAGGGGACCCCUCGGCUCUAGAAGGGCACCGUGUGAAGGGCAAGGACGUGGCCUGCAGCCCUGCCCAGAGCUCCUUCGGGGGUGAGCAGGGGACAGCUGUCCCUGCAGCGGCCGGACGUCAGCCGGGGCCCAAGGCAGACCGACACCUGGGCUUGCUCGGCCCGUCUGAGGAGCCCGAGGGCCAAGGCCAAGCCAGCCGGCUUCAGCCAGAUAACUGGGGGCUUCCUGGAGGGUCCGAUAGCCCUGCCCCGGGCACCGGUCCUGAAACAGCACUGGCCGGGCCCGUCGGGGGUGCUGGGGCAGCAUGCGAGGGACGCAGGGUGGCCUUGGGCCCUCAGAACGAGGCACAGCCCUCCCCAAGCCCCCCCUCCCCUGCGGGAGAGCCCCCAGUACCGGCCCCAACAGCAGCCCACACCCAAAGCGGGGCUGAGGACCAGACUCCGGAGAAGGCCACCGGCCCAGGCCUGGACAAGCAGCUGCCACUCGCGAGGCCCAGCCCAGCGUCACCCCUUGGGGGCCUGGCCGCCUGUGCCCCCUCACCCAUCGCUCCAGCCACCCCCAGUGUCUGCAGCCUCAAGCACCUGCCCCAGCAGGACCCCCCCACCUGGACUUCCGGUGCCACCAGGGCCCGGGGGGAGCAGAGGGGGCUGCUCCCAGCAUCCCCACCCAGCAAGGAGCCUCCCAGCCCCGGCCUCCUGCCGGCCUGUCCUCCUGCCUGGGCGCCUCUGGGAGGGGCCGGCUGUGUCCAACCCCUGACGGAUGCUGCAGCUGGGGGGCCCCCAGGGGCUGCCCCAUCCUUGACAACACGGCCCUGUGACCCCAAGGAGACCCUAGCUCACCACCCUCUCCUGGGGGAUAGCAGCCCCCUGGGAGACCCUCCCUCGCAGCCUGGCUUCGUCAGCAUCUCGGGGGACAGCAUGCUGAGACUUCCAGAGGAGCCCAGGAAAGAGAGACCAGCGGACUCUCCUGCCAGCGACACCCCACCUCCCCCCGUGGGGGCCACUUCCCCCAAAGUGACCAGCCAUCCCGCCAGAGAUGAGACAGGGGCUGCCAGAGGGCUUCAGGCGCCAGAGCCCCCCUGCGGCGGGGCCCCACCCACCACCAGCCCCGCGGGGUUGCCGAAGGGCCCCUCCCCGCCCUCCCCAAGCAGUGCCGCCCAGCUCGGCUGCAGGGAAGCACAGGGUGUCGUGGCUGUGCCCACUGACCCUACCAUGCUGGGGACCACAGGGCCAGACGGCCACACCUGCCUGGAAGGUGAGUUGGGGACCAGCAGCCAGGGACAGCCGGAGCCAGGGGCACCUGAGGCCGGGCACUGCAGUGUGACUGAGGUGCCCUGGGUCGUCACCGGAAGCCCCACGGUCGCCUGCCCUCCUGCAGGGCUUGGCCUGGGCAGAACCACGUCUCCAAACAGCACUGCCAGAGACUUCCGGCCCCACUCCCCCCAAAGCCACAGAAAUGUCCUCUUCCAGGCGCCCCAAGAGGAUCCCCUCAGUCCCCAAGACGUCGAACAGAGGCCCCACGGCUUUAAAAAGAAGCCCGUGUCCACGGAGAACGGCCUCUGGAAGGGCCAGGCCACGAGUGGGCCGCCUGUGACCUGCGAGCUCUGCGCAGCCUCCUUCCGCUCCAGGCCGGGCCUGAGCCGGCACAAAGCCAGGAAGCACCAGCCGCGCAAGGGCACCGCCCAGCCGAGCCCGGCCACCCCGACCUGCCGGCCCCCCGGGAAGAAGAGCCACAGAGCGCCCAGGAAGGACAGACAGCGUCACUGUCUCACAGGCCCCUGCCGCACGGCCGGGCCACCUCCCGCCCAGGGCUCGAAGGAGGUCAGGCAGGGGCUCGGGGCUCCCAGAACACCAGCCCCCGCACCCGGCCAGCGGCCGCACCCCCCAGGCCUGCUGGAGCGUGGGGCGCGUGCGAGGUCCCCGGCCUCCGAGCCCAGCAGACCAGACCCGCUGGGGCCAGGCGAGCUCCAUCCCAAACAGGCAGAGAAGAGAGAGGACCAGGUGCAGCCCCCGGGCGCCCCCAGCAACUCAGCAGGGAAAUCAAAGAAGAAAGGGGGGAAGCCGGGAGCGAGGAGGUUCCGGGAGAGGGCCCGGGGCCCUGCCGAUGUGAUUUCGGAUAAACCCCGCUCGAGCCCCGAUCGCCCGGCCCCUCCGAGCUGCCGCCUCCCGCGGGAGGGAGACCUGGCACCCAGCGAGACGGAGGGUACCGCGGAGACGGGCGCGGGGGCCCUGUGUGCAGAGGGGACACCCAGAGACCAGGCCACGCGCCGACGGAGGACGGAGGAGGCGCCUGCUGGGGAAUGGCCGGCGGGGCGUGACGGAGCCUGGGCGAGGGGGCCCUGGGGACCGCGACAGGCCAGCACCGUGGCUGAGCCACCGCAGGCCGCCAGGAGCAAGUCUGCAGAGGGUAGUGGAGGGGCCGAGAGCAGACCAGAGGAGGGCGUCUGGGAGGGGCAUGCGCCCCCCCUGGGCCCCCCGGGUCCUCCUGAGACCCCCAGCUCUGACGGGGGCCUCCUGGACGAGCCGGGAGCCCGGGGUGCAGUCCAGGGGCCCGAGGGCCCCACUGCCGAGGCGCCCAGCCCAGGCCUCGGGGACCCUCUGAGCUUGUUUGACGACGAGGUCUCCUUUUCCCAGCUCUUCCCUCUGGGCGGCCGCUUUACCCGAAAGAAGAGGAACCCGCGCGUGUACGGGAAGCGCUGUGAGAAGCCAAGGCGCCCGCCGCCGCCGCCCGAGCCCAGCAGCGAGGCCGGGAGCAGCUCCCCACUGCCGUGCGCCCGGCUGCCCACCGACCUCAGCGACUCCGGCUCCCUCUGCCUCUCCCACGAGGAGCCGUGGGAGGAUGAGGUCGCAGGCCUGCCGGAGCCCUUCCUCCCGGACGGGUUCCUCGGCAGCAAGGUGUCCGGCGCCGACCGCUGGGCCCCCGGCCUCAGCCUGUGGGCCCCGGAGCCCAGCGGGGAAGCCGGCACCGAGAAGGCAGCCGCCUGCCACCCCGAGGACGAUCGCCCCGAGACCAUUCCCGAGCUGCACAUGGUCCCUGCGGCUUGGCGAGGUCGGGAGCUGUGGGUCCCCGCUGAUGACACACCCUCUUCCCUUGGGGACGCCAGCCCCGAGCCCCCCAACCUGGAGAGAGAGCGGUUCGACAGCGGGUUCCCCGGGAACGCCGACCUGCUGCCGCUUCCCCCCGUGGAUUUUGAGGCGCUCAGCCCCAAGGUUGAGGUGCAAGACCUGUGCUUCCUGGGACCCUUUGAAGACCCCGUAGAUCUCCCCGGCACAAGCUGCCUCAACUUCAAGGCCACAGCGAAGCCACAGGGGCCACGGAACGAAAGGACGGAGGCAGCGGCCGGGCCACGGGGCGCGCAAGGCAGAGAGCCGCCGGCCCAGGGCAAGAGGGCCGCCUACAAGUGCAGGGCGUGCUUCCAGCGCUUCCGCAGGCUGGCCGAGCUGGACCUCCACAAGCUGGCGCACAGCCCCUCCCCGCACCCCACCUGCUACAUGUGCGUGGAGCGCCGGUUCGGCUCCCGCGAGCUGCUGCGGGAGCACCUGCAGGACAAGCACCUGCAGGGCAAGGCGGGGCCCUGGGCCUGCGGCAUGUGCCUCAAGGAGGUGGCCGACGUCUGGAUGUACAACCAGCACCUGCGGGAGCACGCCGUGCAGUUCGCCCGCAGGGGGCAGGUGCGCAGGUCCCUGGGGGACCUGCCCGGGUGCCUGGAGGGCGGCAGCCCCAUCGCGCGCCUCCUGAGCAGCGUCACGGAACCAGCAUCCAAACCCCAUAGGGGCAGGCGCUCGGGGGGCAAGGCCCACGGGAGCCCCAGAGAGCCUUCGGGGCCCGCGAGGGGGGCCGGGAAAGAGAGCCCAAGGGAGCGGGCGAAGCCCCGGGCGCGGGCCGCCGCCUCGGGCCGAGAUGGCGCCUCGACACCAGACGGCGUCUCGGACUCCGCGUUGGUCGAGGGCGGCAGCCCUGCAGCCUGGGCGACCCCUGCUGCGGCCGGCAGCUCCGCCGCCCUCCCGGGCCCCAGCAAGACGGCCCCCAGCCCGUCCCCCGACCCCUGGUCGGGCAGCGAGCCCCUCCUCCAGGCCAUCCCGGUGCACGCGGACUGCAAGGACCCGUCCCGCGACUGCCACCACUGCGGGAAGCGGUUCCCCAAGCCCUUCAAGCUGCAGCGACACCUGGCGGUGCACAGCCCCCAGCGCGUGUACCUGUGCCCCCGGUGCCCGAGGGUCUACCCCGAGCACCGCCAGCUGCUGGCGCACCUGGGCGCGGCGCACGGGGCGAAGGAGCAGCAGGAGCUGCAGCACACCCCGCUGUAUGCCUGCGAGCUCUGCGCCGACGUCAUGCACAUCACCAAGAAGUCCUUCGCCUGCAGCUCCUGCAACUACACCUUCGCCAAGAAGGAGCAGUUCGACCGCCACAUGGACAAGCACCUGAGGCGGGGGCAGCAGCCCUUCACGUUCCGCGGGGUCAGGAGGCCGGGAGCCCCCGGGCAGAAGGCCCCGGCCCUCGAGGGCACGCUGCCCAGCAAACGGCGCCGGGUGGCUGUGCCCAGCAGCCCCCCGGGCCCCAGCGUGGACGGGCCACUUUCCCGGGGCAGCAGCCCAGCCCUGCUCCAGGUCGGCCCAGAGGCAGCUCCCAGCACCACCGAGGGGCCGCCCAAGACCCUGGAGAGGCCCGAAGACCCAGCGGGCCCCACGGCCGGCAGGUGUGACCUCCCCCCUGACCUCCAGGAGGACCCACCCCCAGCUCUGUCUCCCUUCCCCACGGCGUCGGCCGACAGCAGAGGUGACCUCAAGCCGGACCGAGCCCUGGAGAGGCCCGAGGAUGAGGCUUCCCCAGGCAGCCCUGGGCCUCUCGUCCAGCCCGCUCUGCUGUCGGGGGGGGCCCUGCCCCAGCCAGGCGCCAGAGGCCAGGCCACGGAGGGAAAGGGGGCUCCUCUCACGCCCUCAGGGAAACGCAGGACCCCAGGCCCCCGUGCCAAGUGUGGCCCUGAACAUUCCCAGGAAGACCCCUCCCUGUUCCAGAAAGAGAAGCAAGUGUCCACCUGCCGCAUGGUGCCUGAGGGGGACACGGGGGUCCCCUCCCACAAGGGCAAUGCCACCAGGCCUGGUGCCUGCCGCAGUUCAUCGAAGGACAGGUCAGCGGCGUCCACACCCAGCCCCGCGCCCAAGCUCCCAGUGCAGCCAAGGAAGGCCUCGGGGAGCCUGGCACCCGGAGAGCUGGUCCGCGGCACCGAGAACGGGACAAAGGCCACCACCCCCAAGGACAGGCCAGGGCCCAGCUCCCAGGGCAGUGGGGGCCCCCGCCCCGGCACCAAGACGGGGGGUGGCAGCCAGCCCCAGCCGGCCAGCGGGCAGCUCCAGAGCGAGACAGCCACCACCCCGGCCAGGCCCGGCUGCCCUGGCCAGAGCCCUGCACCGGACAAGACCCCGCCGCAAGCCCAAGCCAAGGGCUGCACCAAGGGGCCCAGGGGAGCUGGUGACCAGGGGCCCCGGCCGAGCCCGGGUCCCAGGGAGAAGGGAGGGGGCGGUGAGAAGAGGAGAAAGGGCCAGGUCCCGGGGCUGACGGGCAGUGAAAACGCAGGGAGCUUGGGGAGAGCCCCCCCAGCCCCCGACAGACCUCCCCGGGCCCCUCGAAAGCAGGCAACUCCCAGCCGUGUGCCCCCCGCCAAGCCCAGACCCAGUAGCCAGAACAGCAAGCCAAGGCCGCAGCCCUCAGAGCCCGGCCACGCCCACAGGAAGGAGGCUCAGGGCAGGGCCUUCCCCCAGGCGAGACCCCUGCUCAGGCCCCCCAGGAGGGGCAGAGCUGUCCACGGUGCUGAGCCCGCCGACCGCGGCUACCGGACCGCCGAGGCCCAGAGUGACCUCCUCAGCCAGCUCUUCGGGCAGAGACUAACUGGCUUCAAGAUUCCCUUAAAGAAAGACACUUCUGAGUAA